CUAAUUUUGACCCUUACCAACAAGGAAUUUCCUUGGAACGCAACUAUUAUACACAGCUCUUUUAGUUUUCGUUUAUUCGACAGAAGAUGGAGGUUUAAAAACAUCAAUGUAAGCAGGAUAGUGUUAAUGGAACAGGGGAACAUCCUAGUUCAACUCUCGUUCCAUUUUUCUUAUCAGUGUUUUGGUGCAGCAGUUUGGGGUUUAAAGGAUGGAGUCGCACAAGAGAUUCGAUGCUAAGCAUCUGAUGAAGAUGCUUGGGGAGCACCUUGCAAAGAGCAGUCAGUGGUCACCCUUCUUGUACAAAUCUACAGGAUCCCCUGAUGAGGUCCUUGGUUUCCAAAGAGACAGAAUUGUUGGCUGGGUUUUGUCAUUGAACACAGAGUUCAGAUUUUCCCCGGAAACUCUGGGACUGGCCAUUUCUCUCAUUGACCGCUUUCUGAAUCUUGUAAAGGUCCGCCCCAAGUAUCUUCCCUGUGUAGCCAUCUGCUGCUUGUACAUAGCAGCUAAAACCCUGGAAGAGGAUGAGGUAAUACCAAGUACCAAGGAUCUUGUGAAGACGAUCAAUUGUGCCUGCUCCGUGGCAGAAGUUCUGAGGAUGGAGGCCAUUAUUCUCAACAAACUGUCCUGGAACGUUAAACAAGCCACAGCAGUUGAUCUUCUUCACAUUAUCCAUGGUUUGCUUAUGAGUUGUUACCCCAAACUGCUCGAUGGACUGAGCCACCUGACUCCUUCCCAGCACCUGAGUAUGAUGAUGCGGAAGAUCUUCCAUUGUUUGGGAAACCACCAGCUGGCGGUCUUCAGCCCCAUCAAUCUUGUGCUAUCCAUAGUCAGCCUGGAACUGGAACAGAUCACCCCUAACUGGUUCUCCAUCAUUAGCAUGGUCCAGCAAGUGGCAGAUAUCAACAACCAGACCUUCAUUCAAUGCAGAGAAAUGAUUGGUCAGCACCUGACAAAGCAUGGUUUUCUGCCCUCUGGAUAUCAGUUUCGUGUGGUCAAGCGCUCCAAAUCCAUCAAAAGGAAGGCGGUGGAUGAUGAAGAGGAAGACCUGUAUGAUGGCAUCAAACGCCUGUACAGCGAAGACAGCAUGGAGACAUCGGCUGUGAGGAAGUCAUGUAGCUCAGAGUUUGUUCAGCACCAAGACACUGAUGACAGAAGUAGUUUCCUAAUUCCAGCUGUCAGCGCCAUGUAGAACACAACCUGUGUUCUAUAUGACUGACAAAGCUAUCUCUUUUCAAGUUUACUAAUUUAAACUAGAUUCAGGCUAACAUAUAUAAUAAUAGUCCCUAUUUUAAAUAAAGUGUAAUGAUUUUAAGAGGUAAAAAAUUGUUCAUAAUUGCAAAUUACACUUGACAAUCAAAAAUAAUCUUUUGUCAAUUGCAACGACUCUGAAACCUAUGUAAGUAAUGAUCAGAUUUUUUAAUUUUGCAGAACGAUAUAUUAAAUAACAAUACAUGAAUUGAAAACUUUCAAUUGUGGGAAUUGAUAUUUUGAAGCUUAAGAGCAAUAAUAGGGUAAAGAAGAUUAAAAGGUAGGCUUUGUUAAAAUCAGUUGCUGGACAAAUUCUACAAACAACACAAAGUUGUUUUGAUAUCAGGCUUUUCAGUGCUGAAACAGUUUUCUCUCAAGCCUGUAUGGAAAUUGUGUUAACAGUCUUCUUGAGUUGUUAUAGUUUGUUAUGUUUUAUUUUCUGUAGAUUUUUAUUUAUAUUUAUUGCAUUACAAGGAGUACAAGGGCCACUUUAUUUACAUUGCUUGAUUCUCUCCCUUGGUGUAUGAUUUGAUAAAGAAUAGAUCUCCAGAAUAUACAUGAUAAGAAAAUUGUAAAAAUGAAUUAUUUAAAAUAAUAAUAUGUGAAAGCAAAAACUCAGGUGCUAUUAUUGAGAUUCCGGUGAGAAAUAUUUUCAUGAAGUAAGGUGGCCUUUUGUACCGUGUUAUCAUGCUUUACUAUGUAAAGAUAACUGUCUUUUAAUAAAAAAGCAGGUACUAUCCAUACAGGCUUGAGAUGAAAAAGAGAGAGGCUGAAAAAUUUCAAAAAAUUAUAAAUAAUGCCACCAACCGCCAUACUUAGUUUGUUUUAUUUAUCAAAAUUCUUGUUUAAGAUUAACAAGAACCAAAAAAAUGUUAUAAAAAAAACUUAUGAAAAAAAUCUCUUCAGUUACUCUCAUAAACAAACAUUAUAACUUAGAUUGUACAUAAUUUUUUUGUCCUUUUAUUUGAAUGUACAAAGAGAUCUUGUUUAUAUUUGAUUUUGUAAUGAGUAUGAUAAUGGUAUUUCAAGAAUUUCCACCCAAGCAAGGGAAGGGAAAAGUCUCAGGCAGCAUAAUUCCAAUGACAUUGAAGCGAUUGUAUGUAGAGAUGAUAACUGGACCAUGUAUGAAAAUCGCAAUGUUAGUCAGAAAAUAAGUGUGAACGAUCCAAUUAUUUGUUAUUUUGUUUUGUUGAAAAAUCGUUUAGUUAUAACUUGUUAUAUAUUUAUUUUAAAGAGCAAGAAUUUUUUUCUCCAAUUUUUAUAUUAUAAUGGCCAUGUAUACCAGCUGUUAUACAAAAGAACAAACAUUUGCAAAAUGUGCAGGUCAGCAUUGUAAAUGAUGUUUUAUACUGUAAAGUUAUAAGAAUAUAGAAUACUCUUGUAUAUUAUGAGACGAUUGUGAUUUGUACUUGCCAAUGUAUGUUAGAAUCAAAGGAGGAGGGAGAUUGAUAUUAUACUGGGAGGAAUUGAUCUUACUUGUGAAAGAAAAAACAAACAUCAAACAUUGCGUUAGAUUUUAAACUGUACAACUUCCAUUCCAACAAGAUCUGUUUAAGAUUGUUUUUACAUAAAGUAAGAAAGAGAAAGUCAGAAAUCCACAUUUAUUGAGAGAGUCGGUGUGAAUUGAGAAAAGGGUGUCACAUUGAAAAAUUCAAAAUUCAUUUCAUUGUUGUUAUAUAUGAAGUUACCAAACUUGAUUGUCAAUGACAGAAUGUUUUCCUCUCUUUAACACUUUUCGUUUUCUUCUCUAUAUUUCACGCUUUCUAGACUUGUCAAGUUUGGUAAAUUCUUCUGAAUGUAAAUGACAACACAAUGUUGUAUUCAUUGAUGGCUGUGUAAUGUAUAGUGUAAGAUUUGAAUGGCUAUAAAUGAUUUUUGGUGGC